AUGCCUUACUUGGAUGCCGUAAUCAAAGAAUCCAUGAGGCUGUAUCCGGUCGCACCAUUUGUGGUACGGCGUCUUCCCUUUGAUGUUCCCAUUCGAGAGAGCGAUGUUUCCGUCACGCUACCUGCCGGUUCACUCGCUUGUAUUUGGAUCUACAGCCUGCAUCGAAAUCCCAAAUUUUGGAAUCGCCCGGACGAUUUUGAUCCUUCUCGGUGGCUCCGAUCUGCUGACGAUCCGCAACGGGAUUUGGGAGUCUCGUGUCCCGGUGCCUACCUCCCGUUCGCGUUGGGACCGCGCAAUUGUGUCGGACAACCUUUGGCGCACAUAAUUUUGCGGGUCUUGCUCUCGCGGAUAAUUCAUCGAUUCCGCAUACGAGACGAGCGUGUUGAG